UCAAACACUCGCGCCGGCGAGGCAGUUCCGUGCUCGACUCGUGAGCUUUGUGCGUUCGUGCGUGCGUUCGUGUGUCUGUGCGCUGUGAUAAGGUGCGGGUGUGCGGGUGCGUGUAGCACGCCAGCCAGCCAAUAAUCCGACGGCGGCGCGAACUCGCGCACAUUUUUUUCGUGUGAACCGGUCCCAGAAAAGCCGCAAAAAUUUGGGAAAUAAUGGAUCCCACCGGGGGGCGCGAUACGCGCUACAAUCUCCAGUACAUGAUGCCGGAAACGCCAGAGAUCUACGGCAACCCGAACGGGGGGUCUCUGGCGCGUCCACCGUCCAGCGGCGGAUUGGUCGGGCAGGUGUCGAUGUCCCGCGGUGGCUCCGGCGGGACCGGCAUGAUGAACGGACCACAGUGCGGUAGUGGCGGCGGUGGUGGUGGCGGUGGUGGCGGGGGUGGUGGUGGCGGCGGGGGUGGCUUAUCUCGUGGUAUCAAGCGCACCAACUCGGACUGCUACGACGACCGGCAGCUGGUGGUCGGCUCCGGGCAGACGCUGACCGGGCUCGACGGGUGCACCGUCGUCGGGUCCGAGGUGGUCGACGAGAGCUACACCUCGCUGCAGCCGAAAAAGUCGCCCCCGAGCAAUGGCAAAAAGACGAAGGGUCGCGUUAAGAUCAAGAUGGAGUACAUCGACAACAAGCUGCGGCGGUACACGACGUUCUCGAAGCGCAAAACCGGCAUCAUGAAAAAGGCCUACGAGCUGUCGACGUUGACCGGCACGCAGGUGAUGCUGCUCGUCGCCUCCGAAACCGGUCACGUGUACACGUUUGCGACGCGCAAGCUGCAGCCGAUGAUCACGUCGGAGGCGGGCAAGGCGCUGAUCCAGACGUGCCUGAACUCGCCCGACCCACCGACGGGCUCAUCCGGCGACCAGCGCAUGUCCGCGACCGGGUUCGAGGAGACGGAGCUCAGCUACAACAUCGGCGACGAGGACUCCAAAGAUGACCGGUCACCGAUGUCGUCCGGCAGCGAGUCCGACGACUGCUCGGGACCGGAGUCACCGCUUCCCCCAGGACCUAGCUCUAGUACGAUGAUCAUCAGCAAUCAACAUCAGCAGCAGCAGCAUCACAGCGGCCUCAGUGAGAAGCCAUCCAUCCGCCACCACCAGCCGGACGAGCCUGAGGCACUGAAGGCUUCGUCGGUCAGCUCAUCGUCAUCACCGACGGUGCUGACGGCUUCCACGGCCGCGGCCACCAUCUCCGCCAUCCAGCAGCAAAUUCAACAGCAACAGCAAGCGCUCCAGCAACAGAUUCAACACCGACAACAGCAACAGCAGCAACUCCAGCAACACAAACAAUCAGCGACCCCGAAACAACCGACCGCCGGCCGCGCCGCCGGCAAAGCUUCACCCAAAGUCAAGCCGGAACCAUUGGCACCGGCAGCAUCAACAGCCAGCAGCCCGUCCGUGUUAACAACCACACCGGUGGCGUCUUUAGCAGCAACCCCACAACAAAUCACCAGCAGCAUCAUCUACCCGGCGGCCGCCCUCAGCACGUUGCCCCAGGACGUGCUGGUGAACUUGUUACAAUCCGGACAGAUACAGCUCCACAGCGAAGAAAAUGGCUCCCAACAGUACGUCACCAUCCCGCUGCCGCUCAUUUCCACGAAAGCCAACCCUCGACCGUCUUCCAAUGGGCAGCAUAAAUUGUCCCCGGGGCCGCCCGCAUCAUCCAGCAGCAGCACCAGCACCACGUCGACGAGGAGGGGUUCUUCGUCGUCGUCGUCCCGGCGCAACGCGUCGUCAGCAUCUUCCACCAUCAAGACUGAGCCGCUGGAGUAG